GCUUCCUGGACUGCGUGGAGACGAGCGGCCUGAGGCAGAAGGGAAGGGAAGGAAGGAGAAGGGGACGAGGCGCCAUCUGCUUGCUCCCUUCCCCUCUCUCUCGCUUUCCUCUCCUCCGGUCCUCGGCCUCGCCGGCCGGCGCCCGCCUGUGCUGCUCGUGGUUGAGGAAGCGUGCGGGGCUUUGUCGGGUUUUCGGCCGGACAGGAGUACAUGGCCACCGGGGGAGGGAAGUGCGGGGACGCGGUCGGCGAGGGCGGCGGCAGCGACCUGUACUCCGUCCUCGGGCUCAAGAAGGAGUGCUCCGACGCCGACCUCAAGCUCGCGUACCGGAAGCUCGCCAUGAGAUGGCAUCCGGACAAAUGCUCGUCCUCCAGCAGCGCGGAGCACAUGGAGGAAGCCAAGGAGAAGUUCCAAGAGAUCCAGGGCGCCUAUUCCGUCCUCUCAGAUUCCAACAAGCGGUUCCUCUACGACGUGGGGGUGUAUGACGAUGAUGACAAUGACGACAGCCUGCAGGGGAUGGGGGACUUCAUUGGUGAGAUGGCCCAGAUGAUGAGCCAGACACGGCCGACGAGGCAGGAGAGCUUUGAAGAACUGCAGCAGCUAUUCGUAGACAUGUUCCAAGCUGAUCUUGAUUCUGGAUUCUGCAAUGGACACUCCAAGGGCUACCGGACCCAGGCUCAAAGCCAGACUCGAACACCCUCAACCUCCCCUUCGACGUCACCGUCUCCACCACCUCCAGUAUCUACUGAGGCAAAAUCACCAUCAUGUAAUGGCAUUAAUAAGCGUGAUUCAUCAGCAAUGGACUCUGGGAAGCCUCCAAGAGCAAGCGAAGUCGGUGUUGGUCAGAGUCAGUCUGGGUUUUGUUUUGGGAGGAGUGAUGCUAAACCAGGGGCGGGAACGCGAGGCGGGAACACGGCCAGCAGCAGGAGGAGGAACGGCCGGAAGCAGAAGGUGUCGUCGAAGCACGACGUCUCGUCGGAAGACAAGAUGCCGGGUUCGCAGCGGCAUGCCGCGGCCUGACCUCUUUUUUUUUUUGGCUCGUGGUAUGGCUGAUCCUUGAUGUGCCGGAGCACCGCGUUGCUGCUGCCGGGCGCUGCUCCGUGGCGCCGAGCUGGCCGUGGGUCAGCGAGCGAGCGAGUGACCGAGCGUGUCAAAACUCGUCGAUGCUGCUACUGCAUUCUUUCCAUUCGUGUCGCGGCUGUGUAGCCUGUGUUGUAACACUUGUACCUCCAGACAUUGGGUUUGCAAUUAAUAUUCCUCGGGAAGGUAUUUUCGUU